AUGCGUGGUUGGGGAGAUCGUAUGCGAACUUUAGAUGAGGUUCGGAUCUUAUUCAAUGAAACCUUCCGUAAUGGAGACGGCUUAACGCCAAUAUCUAAAUCGACAGUCUCUAGAAUUGUUCAACGCUUUAAUGAACAUGGCAGUAUUGAAGAUGCUGAAAGACCCGGUCGUCCAAAGUCUGCUACUGCUGAAGAAAAACAAAUCGAAAUUUCACAAGCUUUCAUUGAAAAUCCACAUCAUACAUUGCGUAAAGCAGCUGCUAAGUACGAAAUAUCUCAUGAAUCAGUGCGACGUAUACGAAAAUUUAUACAAUUUCACCCCUUUAAGAUUCGUUUAGUACAAGAACUUAAUGAAGAUGAUCCAGAUCACCGAGUUGAAUUCUGUGAAUUCAUGAUGACUAGAAUUGACGAAGAUCCUAAUUUUUUGUAUAAUAUUGUUUUUUCUGACGAAGCUACUUUCCAAUUGAACGGUGAAGUAAACAGGCACAAUUGUAGGUACUGGUCCGACACUAAUCCUUUUUGGAUGCUAGAGAGCCACACACAAUAUCCGCAAAAGGUUAAUGUUUGGGCUGGAAUAUUAAAUGAUACGUUGAUAGGACCAUUUUUCAUCGAAGGCAAUCUCACUGCAGUAAGAUAUGAAGAGCUUCUUAGGAAUGAAAUUGUACCAAGAAUAAAAGAAGUAGCGGGUGAUAAUUGUGAUGAAAAAUGGUUUCAACAGGAUGGAGCUGCGCCUCACUUUGGAAGGAACGUUAGAGAAUACCUGGACAAUCAAUUCCCAGCUAAAUGGAUUGGAAGAAGGGGUAGAAUUGAGUGGCCGGCUAGAUCGCCUGAUAUGACGCCUCUGGAUUACUUUCUUUGGGGUUACUUCAAAAGUAAAGUUUACGCAACACAACCACAAACUUUAGAAGAACUGCGAAAUAGGAUUUUACGGGAAGCUGCUGUCAUAGAUAGGGAAAUGAUUCGCAGAGCUGUCACUGCUUUCUAUGAUCGCAUAGCUGCUUGCCAAGAAGUUGGUGGUAGGCAAUUUGAACAUAUGAAGUAG